CCGGGCUCGGCCCGCCGGGUCGCUGUGUGAGGCUGCCGGGCCGUGCCUCACGGACCACGCCUUGUGCUGCCGCCGCGGAACGUUUAGAGCCCGGAACCUGCCACCCGCCUGGCUGGGGAGAGGCGGGGGAACAGAAAAGCGCGGACGCGGUGCCGCCGCCGCCGUUGCACAGGUUCCGCUCCUGCCGCCGCCAUUCCUGGCCUGUCCCGGCCAUGUACCGGCCGGGAUUCCGCGCACCGACACCUCCCUACGCGGGCGGAGGCUUCCGGAGCCCUCCCUCGGGCGGAGGGCCCCUGCCGCCCUCUCCGCGAGGCUACGGGAGCCCCCACCACACGCCGCCCUACGGCCAGCGGCCCGGGCCGUACGGCAGCGGCCUCUCGCCCCGAGGCCCCGGGUUCCACGGGCGCUUCGGGAGCCCCUCGCCGGGGGCGCAGACCCCGCGCAGGCCGCAGAGCGUCAGUCCCCGGUACCCGGCUCCGUACGGCGGCGCGUCCCCGGCCGGAGCGCCUCUGCACCCGCCGCCGCAGCACAAGCGCUCGCCCGGCGGCUUCCAGAGGCACUUCCAGGGAUCACCCAGGACAUCUACUCCAUUUGGUACAGCGCAUGGCAGAGGGAAAAGAGUGUCUAAUGAUGUGGAAAACUAUUACAGACCUUCAAUGCUUGAGGACCCAUGGGCUGGCCUAGAGCCGGUUUCUGUUACAGAUAUAAACCAGCAAUACAGCAGUGAGCAAACAACAUUUACUGGUAAAAAAGGGAGGUAUUUCAGCUAACGAUUUUAAAGGCCAAAUAACUCCAUCUUGUCAGGAAAACUUUGGGACAGAAUCUUUACACUUACACAAGAUGAACAAUAAUCAAGACCUUAGAUAAUACUUUUAUUUCAUCACAUGUCCACCCUUUUAUCCUACCUUUUUUUAUUGCAUUGGAUAUUUUUAUGUAUGGAAGGCAAAAGGAGUGGUAGGAAAACUUAUAUUUCUGGCUAUGUGGAAGUGCCUACCAGCUCUGAAGAACAAAGUGUUCUUUAAUCACCAGCGACUGAUUUGUGACUGUUAAAGCAAGUUUCCGUAUACUUACCUCUCCUGUGCCAGAUUGUUAGCCUUUUGUUGUAAAGUCUCUUAGGGAGUGGUAUUUUUUAUGUUUUAACAUUUUUAGAAUGAAAGAACUUGGAAAUAAAAUAAAGUUUUGUAAAUCCUUGUUUUGUAAUGUAUAAAGAAUAUUUUAGGAGCUUUGUUAAGGUGUACACAUUAACACAGUAGUUCUCAACACUGAAAUUAGGUGACUUCUGUAAAUAUGCUUGUAUACUGUAGUUAACAUCUGGUUUUGUGCAUAGUAAUUUUUGUUAAUUGCAGUGUAAUAUGAAGUUGAAACAUGACUUAUAGCCAUCUCAGGAAACAAAUGUAUUGGUUUUGGAAAGUUUAAUUUGUUGAGCAAACUCCUGAGUCACAAACUUAAUUCUGGAAGUAUUUGCCUUUGUGUUUAAAAAUAUAUAUUUGGAUCAAUAUUAGAAAUUUCUGGAUUGUAGUAACAAGUCUGUUCAGUGGCAAUUUAAAUCUAAAGAACACAUAAAACAUCAAGCUUAAAUAAAGGCAAAUGUGCUUUCUGGAUGCGUACCUACUAGAAUAGUACAGAAUGAAUAGUACAGUCUUUGUUACAUUGUUGACAUUAGUACAUGCAUAGCAUCUUUUUUUUAAUCUGUUUUAUAUUUGUCAAUUAUUUUUUAUUUUUACUUACAGCAGACGUCAUUGCCAGGAGAAUUGUUUUGUGUGUGUAAAUGCUAUAUUUUUUAUACUGAAGAGGAAAGCAAUGAAUUGGGUUUUUUAGAGCUUGUCUUUACAUGGAAGAUCCAUGCUUAAAUCCAGGAGUGAAUAUCAUAAUCUAGAAUAAAAAAGAAAUAGGUGCAGCUGCAGGCAUGCUCUUAACUUGACAUAUUAAGCCUGCAGUAGUUAGGUAAAUUUUUGUUGAACGUACCACUAUUUGUUGACUUUUGGAUUUUAAGCCAAGGUAGAGUGUAAAAAUCUUGUUAAAUAAAACUGUUAGUUUAGUUUUCAAAAUACAUGGGUACUUUUAAGCUUCUUACAUACUCAAAACAUAUUUUUGCGGUCCUGAGGCAUGGUUAGGUAGAAAAACACAGGAAAUCCCAUUAAACUGUUCUUAGUAACUUGUCUUUUGCUGAGGUAGAAUAGUCCUCUGCAUUUUUCAUCUGUUUCAUCAUAAAAUGUUCCUGAAGGUGGUAUUAACCUAACACAACUUCAAACUGUAGGGGGAGGUUAAUAUGUUGAAAUGGGCUGAGUCUCUUGUACUGAAUCUCUUAGGACCACAAUGUAAAGUAUGUACUUUUAUCUUUCCCUGGUUGACCCUGUUUUUUUAGUGUUGUAUCCAAAAAGGCUACCUCAAGAACUGAGAACAUAAUGCCUGCUGGAUAUCAAGAAUGGUUAAAUCUUCAUCCCAGAAUCAAAAAAUGGUGCUUAAAUGGCAGCUAUCGGUAUUGUCACCUGUAAUAUGUACCAGCGAAACUGAGAUGACUUGACAAGUUGUUGUCUUUAGGAUUUAUACAUAAGUUAAUGUCAUUGUGAAAAUUGACGUGUAAAGCUUUCUUCCCUUUGUUUCUUUUUAAAUCUUGUCAGGUGCUGCAAGGCUCACAGAAAAAAAAAAAAAGUUGUGUGCUUAAGCAAGUGCCCUGUUUUGUUGCUGUUUUCCAUGUGAUUGAAAUGCAAUUUAUUUUUGCAAUAUUUGAAGAUCUUGGAGAAACAAAUAUGAUUUUAUUUAAGAGAGUGAAGCCAGGAUGUGUUCUCAGUUAGACAUGAGAAAAGUCUGGGUUUUGAAGGGAGAAAGGAAAGGUAAGGGAUCCCUGAGAGAAAAGAGAGUGUUAGAGGUGGGAUUUCUUACACAGUAGCCAGUAUGAGCUGCCCUUGCACAUUGCAAAGAUGAAUUUUUCCUCUUUGGCAUUGCAGUUGACCCAGGCAUCAAAGCCAGACUCCUCUAGUAACAACUUUUAACUCCUGGAACCAGGUGUCAGACAUUGGUGAAGGUAAAUGUUCCAGAAAGAGAACUGAGGAAAUAAACUUGAAGCACGGUUUAAUCCAUGCAGACCUUCCACAAUGCUGUCUGUUAAACUACUGCUUCAGUGCUCUUCAGGAUAUGACUCAACAAUUUUAAGUACAUCAUACUGCUAAAGGCUACAGUCAUUUGGUCAAGAAUCAGCACCAAAAACUUUAAAAUUAUUCACCUUUUUGGCUUCUGGGAGAAAUUCUGUAAUUACAUUAAAAUUCAAAUAUGUCAUUGUUGAAGAGCUGCAAAAUGCAUGAACACAUGUUUAGAACUAUAAAUAUAAUGUAUUUAAAGUCAAUAUAAGUUUUGCCUUUUUAGCCAUGAUAUUCAGGAAGCUUAAGCACACACCUCCUCAUGAGUUUCUUUUUCUUUUUACCAUUUGGCAAACAUCUGAUGGAGAGAGGAUGCAUCACUUCCUCAUUUGUUAAUGAAGUGACUUCAUAGUACCAGUAUGACUCUGGAAAAAGCAUUUGAUGAUAAAAUGUAAAGCACAAAACACAUCCUUUUUUUGUGAGCUCAUGAAAUAAAAUAGUGCUUAUGUCUUGUUAAUGAAGGGAUUACUCUGUAAUGAACACACCGAGUGUAUAGGCAUUGCUCUUUCUUCAACAAACUUCUUAGAUUUUAAGGUAAGUUAGCUUCUUCUUCAGAAGUUUGGGUUCACACACUUUUCAGUUGUUUUGUUUGCUUUGUGUUUGUCUUGAAAGUCCAUUUGACUUUCUCUUCAGUUGUAUAGAAGUGUAACUAUUGACUAACUCUUUCAGAAAAAAAAUUAAUUCACUUGUUACUGUUUGUUCCUGUGUUUGAGUGAACUGCAUCACUACUACAACUAACCGUAACAACAACUUAAAUCAGCCAAGAACAUGUGUCAUGCACCAACAUACUGGGUGGGUAGUUACCUCAAGAUGUGCACUAUAAUAGUUCAAAUUUCAUGUUUGGCUUUUCAUUCCAGCUUUAUAAUAUGAAAUAUUCUUCUGUGGCACUCACUACACACAUUGAAAUGGUUAAAUAAUUUAGAAUAUUAAAAUUUAAAUUAAAAUGGGAUUUUAAAAGUUCUUGUUAAACUCCUCCUCUUUAGAAUUAGAAGUAAUGCAUUGAGAUGCAGCAUUUUCCUAAUGUCAAAGCUGGGAACACUUACCAGGUAAAAUGUGUCUGGUCAGCAGAAUGGACUGACUUUUGCAGUCAGGUUGCUUUUCUUGUUAAGGACAUCUUUAUGUGCUCUUAACAUUAUAUAAAUUAUUUCAUUGGACCUCACAGUGGGGAGCAUUUGAAAAAUGCAUUAUAUGGAAAUUCUACAAGUAGCUGUUCACUUUCCUUCUAUAGAAAAGUGUUUAGUUUUCAAGCUGUUCUUCUGAGUAAUCUCACUGAAGUCAGAGGAUUUGCUCGUGCAACUGGGAUGUGUAAGUAUCUAAUGUUACAGUUUGGAAAUUCUGUCAUCCAUUUAUCUGUCAGUGCUUUUUACCAGCACUGCAGUUUAUUUCUCUGCCUAGCAAUUGCUCUGAAUUCUAAUUCAGAAAUCUGGUUUUAUACAUUACUGUCUUGCAAUGAAUUAAACUUGUUCUUAGAAUAUUUUCCAAAAUUCUCAAGACUAAAGACUGUUGUCUUUUCCCCAAAUCUUGGUGUUUGCCUUCCUUCUAUCUUGGAACUGGCAGAGGGAAGGGAGGAUUGCCUUGACUGAUGGAUGGAGAAUCAUGUAAUGAUUUUCAUGUCUCAUGCUUUCAGAAACUUGCAUACCAAUUGACAUAGGUAACUGGGUAAACUUUUUAUAUCAUUUGACAUGGUUUAAACAACUUUUUAUUGCACAAGAAAUGGAAGAAAUCAAGUUGUGUUUACACUCAACAGUAAUGCGGUUUCAGUCAUUGAUUCAGAACCAAAUUUUUUUUUGCCUAAAAUUACUUCUUAUCUGUAUGUCUCAAAAGGCUGAUUACAAACUGAUUCGGUUUCAUUCUCUGCAAUUUUCACUUAAAUGUGUGCUUUGAUGACUUAUAAUUGAACAAUAAUUUUUCAAUCUGAAGUUCUGAAUUUACUUUUACAAAAUUAAUAACUCAUGUUAGACCUCAAAUGUUGGCCUUCCCUUUAAAAUAUUUUAGAUCUGGCAAAAAAGGCUGUAUCUCAUCCGCACUGCUUCCUUGUUGAUACUAAGAAACCUUUGCCUUGUGCUAGAGACAGCUGGGCAGAUGGUUUGGUGUGAGGCUGCCCUUCCUGUCCUUGAGAAUGCCUUUAGACUUUUGCCAUUCCAGUGCAGCAGGACCCCGGAGCUGUUUUGAGACAAAUAGUAAUCCAUUUCGCUUCACCAGCACUAUGUAGAGUUCAAACCACAUCAAGCAUUUGGUUAGUGCACAUCCUGGAUUUUAAAUUUCAUCAGCAUCUUCUGCAGUAAAAUCACAGGUGAAUUCCACUGCCCUUUUUGUACUCAUCUGUAGCUGUUGCACACUGUUGUUCUGAACUAGUUGUGUAAACAUUUGUAUACAAGAAUGUAACUCCUGCAGCUAACAGGGGUCAUACCAGUACAGUUCCAAAGUGAUUUUUUUUAACACUGCUGACAGCCCUGCAAUUAUAAUUACACCAAAAAUCUACGUGUACUACCCUGCUUUUGUGUAGCAGUAACCAUGCUAUUUGAUGCUGUUUUAAACUACACUUAAACCUGGUAUCUAUGUAUUUUGCCACAGUCUAAUUGCUGUGUAUUCAAGGCAGUUAAAAGCUGUUACUGUAGAGUCAGUGGGUUCAAAUCCUUGUUGUAUGCAUGAAGAAAUUUCUAUGACUUCAAACUGCUGAACAUGAUGUCAAUGCAACUGUUAGUGUAUAUACCAGUAAAGGGAUGAACAAAACCUCUUUUACUCUGUUGCAAAUCAUUCACUUUUCAAGCAUCACAGAGAUAAUGUUAAAACAAGGGAAGAGGAAUCAAGCUAAUUGACAACUUCUGUGGAUGACUGCACAGCGUAAAGCACAAAUAACAGAGCUAACAUAAGUCUUUAAAAAGCACUGAUUGCCAGCUAGGGAGUAGUAUCAUCAAUAAUUGGAUUGUAAGUAGGAAUUGCAGUGCUCCCAAAUCAAACCACCACUUCCCUGUGGCUUUAUGAAGAUUUUAGGUUAAAUGUAAAAGAAGGCUUUGAGCUGUAUUCCCUUAACAGAUGUUGGAAAUAAACGUUACUAUUCCUACAGUUAGGUUUGCAGAAGAGACUGUGUUCACCACUUGUCUGUGAAGUUUAGUUUCUGUUUAGUUUCUUUAUGUCUUUUUUUGUUGUUUUUUUGUUUGUUUUGUUUGUUUGUUUGGGGGGUUUUUUUUGUUUGGUUGGUUUGGUUUGGUUUUUUUAAACUAAGAGAAAACAGGAAUUGAAAAUUUUAGAGACUGUAA